UAAAACAGAACAGUUUACGAAAGAACACCGUUGAGUGCGGCUGCGGCGCUGCGCCGCGCAGUGUGCGAUAUCAUCGCUCGUUUACUCACCGGUCGGUGUUCUUUUUUUAAAUAUAAGCAUCGCAUCCAAUCGACUGUUAAUAGUAGCUUAGCAAAACAGAACUAUGUAGUUUAUCAAAAUUACUUAUAUAUUAUUCUUGUGACUCGAUUCAACCUCAUCAUCAGCGAAACUUCAAUCGACGGGGAAUUGUAUCAGUGAAUAAUAUUCUUCAAGACAGAAUAGACAGAAUGAUCAUUUUUAUUGACUCGUGAUAAUGAUGAUACUUUAUCGAUAACGAAUAUCUUCAAUUCUCAACGACAUCCCACUUUUUCACAGUGUGUUGCGAAACUGUUAUCAAAUCGACUUGUGCUCGAAACGUUAAAGUUUACUAUUUAGUGAACAGUAUUAAGAAAACGUGAAAUGCUUAAAAGUGCAAGUGAAUAAUAGUGAAAAAUGGUUAAAAGAAUUGGUAAAAAAAUUACGCUGUCCGAUUUAUGGAUAACUUCAAAUGAAAAGCUGAGUGAUUUUUACUUAACGUCAUGGCAACGGGGAGAUUCAGCAGUGCCGAUGUUGCUGGUGCGGUUGCUGUUGAGCAUGGUAACCGGAGGAAUCUUAGUAUGGUCGUUGAUAUCUGGAGCUAGUCCCUAUUGGUUGAUAUACCUUACAAACUGGGGCCUACUUUUAGUUACAUCAAUGACUCUGAGUAGUCUAUUGGUCUCAUGUCUUGCACUUGGCAAGAAAUUACCUGAUGGGGGCAAUUUACCUUGGUACGUGAGCAUGUACUGGCUGUUUUACAACAUCACUGUGUCCGUAGCUAUAAUGAUAACCGCUCUCUAUUGGAUUUUACUGUUUACUCCAGAAAUUAAAGCGGAACAAACUCCUUCUCAGUUCUGGUUGGACGUAGCGACCCACGGUUUCAAUUCUUGUGUGGCCUUUGUCGAGGUGGCUAUGUCACGUACUCCGCUCCGCUUCGUGCACGUUUACCAACCUCUUGGUAUAGGGUUGUGGUAUGCUAUCUUCUCCGCCAUCUACUAUGUAGCCGGAGGUACUGACAGCAUGGGUAACCCUUUCAUCUACGAGGUUUUAGAUUGGAGGCAAGCAGAACGUGCUGGGGUGAUAGUCGCGGUAUCGGCGGCUGGCCUUAUUAGCCUGUACACGGCAUUAUGGGGUUUAAGUGUAUGCCGAGACAAGUUAUCCACAUCACUCAUUCGGACUACGAGCCUGAGUCUCCCGCUGACGCCUCCCGACAGGCACUCGGCAACUGGGAUUGUAUGACAUUGCGAUUGUCAUUGUUAAGAGUACUUAAAUAUAAUUUACGCAAUUUAAGAUAGGUAUUGUAAAAUAUAAAUCGAUACGUCGAAGUUCUAUUAUUCUUUUUGUAAUGGCCGCUAAAUAUGUUUUUCACUAAAUAUAAAAUAAAAACAUUAGUAGCAUAUAUAAGUAUAUAUACAAUAAAAAUUGACGUUUUUUUAAAGACGUUAAAAUUAAUACAAGUCAAAUUUUUCGUCUUUUCGCUAUUGAAAUUAAAUAGAUAUAGGCAAUUUUAUUUCCAUAAUAACAGUACCUAACUCAAAAAAAAUACAUUCUGAUAUUUAAAUUCGUAAUGUCAACCAUUUACAACAUGGCCAUUUAUAAUAUUUAAAUUCACUUUUAUGUUAGUAGGUCUUCUUUUAAAACAAGUUUUACGAAAAUAACUCAGAAGAACACGAGAUACGAACGAACUCGAUACUUGCCGCAGUACACAAUCGUAAAAGUAAUAUGCGACAAUGACUAUAGUAAUUAUACCUAACAAUAUAAGGACACACGCAUCAAAAUUACAUAUCAUGGAGACUAUCAUAGCGAGAAAAAACGAACUCUUACAGAGUAAACCUACUAGGCUGAGCGUGUGUAAGAUUUAAUAUACUUACUACGAUAACGAUCAUAUCACAGUUUCUUUAUGAUAACGAGAUAAAAUAUAUAGGUAAAAAUAUUUUUAGUUACUAUAUGUAAAUAUGUCACGCAAAAUUAAUAACAUCGAACAUAUAUUUUAACUUUGCAAAGCGAAAUAUGUAAAAUGUUUUUACAAUUGUUUUAUUAAUAUGUACGUCUAUGUAGGAUAACGGAUAAUAGGUUAUCGACGGUUCCCGGCUAAAACAUUAAAAUCUGUGUAGUUUUUUUUACCAAAAUCUGUCUGGAGAGCAUUUAAUUUUUUACUUUUCAUGUAAUUGCUCGUACGUAUCCUUGAACAAUAAAGAUGUAUUUGACACGUGAAAAAAAAAGACAUAAUUUUUUUUUAUAAUUUGUCCCGCAAUUUUAGUAAGUAGCGUUGAUUUUUUAACAUAUUUUAUUCUAUAGCUAAAUUAUAAGACUGAAGUUAAAAAGACUGACUCAGAACUUAACAAAUAUUACUGCCAUGAGUCGUCAACAUCAAUGUCUACUCUCACAAAUGUCCAUUAUAAGGUUCGAACGUUUUACAUCCGCCUUGAGCAAUAAUUGUUGAUUAUUACACGUUUCACAACUCCUGGUGUACUUGAUGAUAAAUACAUGACAUUUUUGUUUAAAUGCCAUUCUUAUUAUUAUUUCUAUAUAUCAAUAAUGCGAAAAUUAUGAUAUUGUAGGUAUGUAUUGUAAGCAUAAUUAUUAAGAAAAAACCCUUGUGUAGAUUCUUACCUACUUUUUAAAUUAAAUAAACUGACAAUUUAACGCAAGCGGAUUUUUCCUUUUUACCUAAAGAAGUAUUGAAAUUAUAAUAAAAAAGGAAAAAAGACAGAUAAGCGAAAAGAGAAAGGUGUAGGUUCAUAAAAUUAUUGUGUAUAUUCCAAUUUUAGUGUAUAUUAUUGUUGAGUUGAUUGGCGACCCGAAUCGGAUUUUUUUUUCCAGAAUUUAGACUGCGAGACUUUAUUAAGCGAAUAAUCGGAUUUUAACUGCAUAUACUUAAAAGACAACUGUGCAAAAAUCGUAUCCAUAUUAAUCCUGGGCUCGUGCACAAAAUUUUUAUUAUUCUAUGAAAUGUUAAAUAUUAAACAAUGUUGUAUGUAACAAUGUAACAAUGUUCGCAGCAUAAACUUAUUUACUCGAAAUAAUGUAUUCGAUUUUACACAAGAUACACGUUCUCAUUUAUCAAUCAUUAGUCUCAGUUCACCUUCACAAUGUAAAUAAAAAAACAUUCUAGCAUUACUCAUAGAUGAAAUAAUUUUAUUUCAAAAGUUAUUAUUAACUUGUCAAAUAAAAAUAUAAGUGUCGAUUUUGUUCUACACAUUCUCUAAUGUAAAUAUUUAACAGUAUUAUAAAUAUUCUUAUAUGACAAAAUAUUUUUAUGAUAUUAUCUGAAGUUACCUAUAUAGUUAUACUAUUAAGUGGCAGAGGGCUGGUAUGACGAACCGCCGACAGACGCUGGAGCAGACAAGUCUAAAAUAAAAUUCACGGAUCGACAAAUCCACCGCAAGAUGAUUACAAUGUAUAAUAAUAAAAAUAAAUUAGAUUAACAAAGAAGCGACAAUGAAGACAGUGGAAACCAACUAGAUGCGGGAACGUGGGAGCCUUGGAGCACCAAGGGACGUCCGUCCAGCAGUGGACUACGGUUGACCGAAAGAUGAUGAUAAAAAAUAUAGCUGUCUAAUCACACUCUUUAAUGUGUGAGAUUAAAAAGAAUAUCAAGUAUUUUAGUGCUUUUAUUCACGUCAAGGUAAUUUACUUUAUAGAUUGUGUAAAAUAUAAUCGACAGAAUUAUAAACCUAUAUACAUAUAUUGUCAUGAAAAGCGAUCCUUUGUUCGAUUUUCAAUACUUGAAAAUUUGAUGUAAGGUAAAAAUCACUGAAACUCCUGUAUAUUAAUGUAUACAUUUAAAGUUUCCCUAUGUAAAUAUUUAGACAUUAGUUUUAUAAUACUAUCAUUGAGCUG